CUGUCAUAAGUGUCAAGUCAUAUGUCACCCUCAUGGAAAUUUAAAGUAAGGAAAAUUCCAGUCAAUUUGACCAUUUAUCCACAUCGAAUUUGCCGAACAAACGUUUUAAUUUCGAAUUCCAAUUUUCCUCGGUUCCCUUAGUGAACAAUAUUUAUAUUCCUUAUCCAGUGCAACAACAGAGGUACCUACAGUAACCUGUAAAAAUGGCACUCAUGCUAGCAAGCAGAUUAUGUAGGGCUCCAGUCUUCCAAAGGAGCCUAAUUAAACACCUACCAACAAGAUCGGCUGUAAGAACUUUUGCAGAAGAUAGUAGAGAUGCUCUUGCUAGAGAAGCCAGGCGUAAAGCCACUUUAAAAGAAAAGGCUAUGGCACCAGCAGGAGAAACAGCUUUCAAUAUUGGAAGGGGUGCGGUAGCUGGAGGCUCGAUACUUGGCAUUGGGGCACUUUGUUAUUAUGGACUUGCAUCUAGCACUGGUAGAAGUGCACUUGAUCAAUCUCAUGUAUGGCCCCAAUAUGUUAAAGACAGAAUCAAGUCCACAUACAUGUAUUUUGGAAGCUCAAUUGCUGUAACUGCAGCUAGUGCUGCUGCUGCUUUUAGAUCUCCAGCUAUUAUGGGUAUUGUUACCAGAAACGGUUUCUUGGGUCUUGCUAUCAGUCUUGCAGCCAUUAUUGGGACUGGCAUGUUAGCCCAAGGAAUUGAAUAUAGCCCAGGAUUUGGACCAAAACAGAUGGCUUGGCUUUUACAUGCCUCUGUUAUGGGGGCUAUGGUUGCCCCUCUUUGCUUCUUGGGAGGUCCUAUUCUUUUAAGGGCAGCUUGGUAUACUGCUGGGGUUGUUGGAGGUCUUAGUACCAUUGCGGUUUGUGCCCCUAAUGAUACUUUCCUUUACAUGGGAGCACCAUUGGCCAUGGGUUUGGGUGUUGUAUUUUGCAGUUCAAUUGGUUCAAUGUUUUUGCCGCCUACAACAGCCUUAGGUGCUGGAUUAUAUUCAAUAUCUUUAUAUGGUGGCCUAUUGCUGUUCUCAGCUUUCUUGCUUUAUGAUACACAAAGGAUCGUAAUGCAAGCAGAACGGUAUCCAAUGAACCCUGAGUAUCAAGGAGUAAGGCCUUAUGAUCCCAUCAACAGUGCCUUAAGUAUUUAUAUGGACACCCUUAACUUAUUCAUAAGGUUGGCGAUGAUGCUUGCUAUGAACGACCGAAAAUAAUUUACAAGUUUGGAAACAAUACAUCAGCGCAAUCUCAAUCUACCUGGAUACCCUUAACAUCUUUAUUAGAAUUGCAACUAUGUUGGCGAUGGGUGGUGGAAACAAAAAAAAAUAAAUUAAUUAUGUAUUUGCUUUAAUUUUUGUUUUUUGGGAAUAAAACCAGUUUUAUUUGUUAUUAA